AUGUCUCUCCUCUUCCGCACAUGCAUACGCACUAAUGGACCAUUGAUGGUUGCCAAUGCAAUGGCCAAGAGAAGUGCCCACAAGAAAGCAUCUAUUCAGGUCAAGUUGAACCAGUUCAUUGAGGGUCUUGGUUUGAAAGAUGAACUUGUGUCUGUCCGACCUGGUUUGAUGCGUAACAUCCUUUAUCCCGCAAGUAAGGCCAGCUAUGUACCUACCUUUACUGGUCCCCGCAAUCGUCAAUUGGAACUGGAAUUGGAGAAGUCGACAGCUACAGAAACCGAUGCUGGAAAGUUCUUGAAUCAAGAGAAACGCCGUGAGAGUGCCAGCAAACUAGCAGGAGGUCUGACAAGUGUAGGAUCAUUGGUAUUUAAGCGUGCAGUAGUACCCAGUAGCACCAACACUUUUGGAUCUGUUACGGCUGAUGACGUGAUCUCCAAGUUAAAGGAUGUCGGUCUCCAGGUGGAAAGACAGGCUAUUGUGUUUCAAUCAGAGGGAGGUCGUAUCAAGUCUCUUGGAGAGCAUCUUGUCACUAUUCAGAUUGGAAACCAAUCAACAACCCUCAAAGUGCUUGUUGAGGCAGCUAAGACCCACGGUGCCACUAUCUUUGGUUACUUGAUUACUCCUACUGCUCCAACUACACAAGAACAGGUCAAUGACCCCUUGAAAUCUCAUCCCGAUCUCUAUGGCCUGAAAUCAAUCGAGGGAUCCCAAUCCAUCGAUAAUGACCUUGCUUAUAUUGAUUCAAAAUAUUAUCCCGACACGCGUCUUAUUCAACCUCCACAAGAGGACCAAAGCAAAGAAGCCCCCAAGCUUACCUUUGCAACAGUGGCAGCUGCUUCUCAUGAGGGAAAGUUGCUCGAGGUCAAAUUGUCUUUACGUUCACUUGCCUCGCUCUCACCAGAAAUUGGUUUAUUGAGAAUGAUGAGAAAGUUAGAUUUAUCCUCAAACUAUCUUGAAUCUUUACCUGAUACGAUUGGGUACCUUGUCCUUCUUGAGGAGCUUUCGCUGGCUAACAAUAAGAUUGUCGAAAUCCCAGACACAAUCAGCUAUCUUUCCCGUUUACUAGAGUUAGACCUUUCCAAAAACCAACUUUCUCACAUUACCCCUUCGGUCGGGUACCUGAAGAAACUGCGAAUUCUCGGACUUUCUUCUAAUCAGCUCAGCCGCUUACCCGAAGAGAUCGGCAACCUGAGGCAACUGACCUCAUUGGACUUGUCUCAUAAUCCUAUAUGUAUAUUACCAGCUGAGAUUUCACAAUUGUCCUUCCUCCGACGACUUGUACUUGAAGGCUGCAACCUACAAACCACUCUGGAAUACAAACUUGCUCACGAUCCACCCAGUCUCAAAGAAAUAUGCGCACGACAAGUUGUCAGUCGAAAAUUAGCCCUAAAAAGUCUUGCCGAUCCACUUGCCAAUUAUCUGGCCUCUUCUAAAGUGUGUACCUCUUGCCACGAACCUUACUUCACUAGCUACGUACUUCGAGGUAGAUUUGUUGAGCGUUCAGAUACAAUGAUUCCUCUCGAAUAUCGACUUUGUUCGGCCCAUUGGCAAAAUCAAGACGACCGUCUCCUUUAUCUAUUCUCGUCGCCACCCUCGACAACUGCCGUCUCUCCUCCAGCUAAUCCAACCAGACCACGACUUCCAGCACUAGAAGCACGUGUGCCUACCGAACGACAGUCUGUAAGACGGUCAUUUGCAAGACUUCGCUCACCACCCAUCGCAAUGCUAUCCCAACGGUCCAAACAAUCCGUCUAAGAAAUAUACAGCAUAUCCACCCCUUCUUAUUUCUCUUUCAUUUUUAAGAAAAAUAAGCAAACACUAUGAGACCUUAAUUCUCUCAAUCGUCUUUCUUCUCUUCCUUAACACAUUCACUUGCACUCUCUUACUCUCUUUCUCACUCAAGCACACAUAUUAACACAAACACAAAAGACUGCCUUUAUUUAUUGCUUUUAAAAUGGCAAAAGACCCUUUUCCUGUAUUUCUUCAAACGUCUGUGCACUCGAUCUUUAUUUGUAUAUUCAUCAGCCCCUCCUUUUGUAUCACAUUUAUUCUUCUAUUUCUUCAUAUUGUAUACCCUCCAAAAAAUAUUUCAUACCAUAGAUCGGAUUACUGUUUUUAUAUAUAUAUAUAUUUUGUUUUUUUAUUUAUCUCGUCUUCUUAUGAAUUGCGCCACUUCAAAUAAAAUUCUGCGUCCAUUU